AUGGGUUUUCACCACGUUGUCGACAAUUUCACCAUUCAAGCCCCGGAAACUGUUCACGUCGUUAAACUUCGAAACAAAGAAGGCGUCAUGAUUGAGCUUAUCAACAACAUGGUAUCCCGCCGUGUGGAGAACAUUACCAACCCUGUUGAUGGAAGUAGAUAUCAGGGCUAUUUUCAUUGGGCUUUGAGAGUAGCUGACAUGGACGAGAGCUUUACAUACCUCACAAAAGAAGGCACUGGAGCUCGUGGAGUCGUUUCGCCAUCGCCGAAUGUGUCAGGUGGAGGAAGAUAUGCGUAUGUCGCUGAUCCCGAGGGCAAUUUGAUCGAGUUGAUUGAGUUGGAGGGGUUCAAAUAG